CCGACCCGUCUGGGAAAAUAACAGAAAUCAGUUGAAAUUCGUAGCCUAUAGAUUGGAAGAUUGCAAGUUCAGUCAAGUUAUAUAAACCCCCUGCAUCAGGCAUUGGUAAAUUACCAUCAAGUUUGAUCAGAACUGCACAUUAUAUCAAACAUACAUGGAUACCACUUGUAGUCACACUGCUAGAGUUUUCGGACAAGGAGUUGUUAUCUUCCUUGUGAUUAUGUCACUGGCUGCAGGGAGCGAUGGCAGAAGCAUCACAGUUGGAGAUUCUCAUGGUUGGAGUGCAGGCACUAACUACACCCAAUGGGCUACCAAAAACAGUCCCUUCCACAUAAAUGACACAUUGGUGUUCAAGUACCCUCUGCCAGGGAAUUCUACGAUUGCUCAGAGUGUGUACAUGCUUCCAAACUUGUGGAGCUACACAACCUGUCAAUUCAGAGGAGCAAAGCUUUUGGGGAGUGCUGCUCAAGGUGCAGGUGAGGGGUUAAAGGUUGAGCUCAAUCAGUCCAGGCCUUAUUACUUUGCCUCUGCAGAAGGGAACGCCUAUGAUUGCAUUGCUGGUCUCACCAAGUUCAUCGCUGUUCCAUCAUCUACACAUUUAUAUUGAAUUCAAAAUAUAAACUAGAUAUGAUCAUAUGUUGCAUUGUUUCCUCUAUUUUUCUAGUUUGAAUAAAAUGCAGAGUGCAGUUGGCGUGAA